GACCACUGGUCUUUAUUCAAACAGCAUCAAUCGCUAACAGUGGGGACCGCUGACAAAAUUUCCACGUAGACCAUAAAACGAGCCGCGUCUCAAUUCGCCUAUUCAAUUAAUCUUCCAAGCUGCAACGAGAUGCUAUUUUCUCGCUAUUUCGUAAUACUCAUUCUAUUCGCAUCAGUGCAACAGAUUGCGAGUCGAAUUGGUCGUCACAAGGUAUAUGAUGAUAAUCAUUUUGAUUCGCUCAUUUUGUCCCAAAAUUGGCCAGCAACGGCAUGUAUGAAAUGGAAGCAAAAAGCUCCGUCCAAUCAGUGUUUUGUACUAAGACAUCAGGAAUGGACGAUUCAUGGGCUUUGGCCAAUUCGGAACCAUAGAAUGGGUCCAGCUUUUUGUAACAAAACCCAGCAUUUUAAUGAGUCUGCCUUACUGUCUAUACAAAAUCGAAUGGAAAAGAAGUGGACGUCUAUUAAAAAGGGAACACCACACUAUUUCUUUUGGAAACACGAGUGGGAGAGACAUGGGACUUGUGCUUCCGUACUACCUGAAUUAGAUUCACAGCUGAAAUAUUUCAAAAAAGCGUUGGAGUUACAAAGGGAAUAUGAUAUGAAUCGUGUACUUGUUGAAUGCAAUAUUUUUCCUGGUCUAGAAUACGAAAUUCAAGAAAUUUUAGAUUGUGUGAACAGAAUAUUAGGCCACACUGCAAAAGUUGACUGCGUCGUGAAUCCGAAAACCCACGAGUCCUGUCUAUCUGAAAUGAAGAUUUGCUUUGACAGAAGCCUAAAGCUUACCGAUUGCAACGAAAUUCUUGCGUAUCCCACUAAUUGCCAACGCGACAAGCUUGUGACCUACCCAGACGUUAUACCUUUAGAGUACAAUGUCAUACUAGCAUAGAUAUAUUGAACCUGGUGUAAUGAAAAUUUCUACAAUCAAUUGGAUAAUUAAAAUAAUAGCCUGUGAUUAGCGAAUAUCAUAAAUGUAUACAAUUACCCAACUUGCUAAUUUACAGCAUGUUCGAACCUGACAACAAAUCGCAAAUUUGAAUUUUGCAUUGUCAGCAUCACGUAGCUUACUUUUAGUGAAAAUAAAAUUCAUGCUAUGCAAUUA